CAGCGCUCAUCGUACACAGAAGUAUUAUUUUCAUUUCCUCAAAAAAAAGAGAUUUUUUUUGCACUCUAAAAUUAUUCUCAAAAGAGAGAAAAUAAAGUUGAGAGUAGCAAAUAAGCCGACAAUAACAAAAACAAACUCGAAACGAGUGAGAGAAGCAAAAUAAUUAUUUUUAGUGAAUGAUUCAUUAAGGUUGGGUUUGAAGUGCAAUAUUUUGCUGGAUUCUGGAAUUUAUUUGAGUUCAUCGCCAACACAACCCUUGAUAAUCACCCUUGAACCAUGUCUGAACCAACAGUAAACCAACCAACAACAAUGGGCACCACAAUUGACUCACCAUACGAGAUUAAACUCUAUCCAAUUGAAGAUGAUUUUAUUGCUUGCCUAGACACAACCAACAUUUUAGAUUCAGCACAAAAGAUUCAUUCAAAAGUUGAGACUGUUGUGAUUAUUGAUCGAUCAGGUUCGAUGGGCCGAUCUGUCUACAAAAUAGUCCACAGUGUCUUGCCAAAGUUCUUUGAGUAUUUGUCAUAUGAUCCUGAAACUUUGGUCAACGUUAUUGCUUUUGAGAGCAAAACUGUGGUUCAUAAAGUUAAAGUUGGUGACUUUAAGGACUUUAAAAUGUUUAGUGCUGGUGGAACCUCAAUGGCACCGGCUGUGACUGAGUUGCAUACGUUAUUUGAGGAAUUUAAAAGCACAGUGACGUCAUUAAGGAUUAUAACAAUUUCUGACGGUGAAGUUUUCGAUCAAUACGAAACAAAAGAGCUUGGAGAUAAGCUAGCUGAGUUUGCAGGCAAAUGUAACAUAUCAGUGAACUCUCAAGCUGUCAGGUUCUUCACAUCUCGAGCACAACCAGACACAACAGCACUUUGUAGCUUACUGCAACUUAAUAAUGUUGAUAAAUGUCAAAUGAUCGAUGUCGGAGCACAAAAGCAUCAUGACAAGAUUGCACGAGAAAUGGCAGAUUUGUUCAUAAAUGAUGGCUUCGAUCAUUCCAAGAUUUUGCAGUCUAACGAGACUAUUUUUUACAAAUUUCCAUGGGAUGAGGAAGCACUCGACCAAAUCUUAAUCCUACCAGGAAGACGAAAUGUCUUUUGGGUUGAUGAAGUUCCAAAAGAUUCACAAAUGAUCAAAGUUGAGGGAAAGCCAGUCAAAGUUUCAAUCCAGAAGGACAUAAGCCUCGAUACAUUCCAACUGUUGCUUAGUGCUAAGCUUGACUUUGUCAUCGAUCGCAUGAAGAUCCUCAAAAUAGUCAAUUCAGACUCGGCAAAAAUUACAAUUGAAAAAAUGGUCGAGUACUUCUCAAGAAUCGAAAAAAUGCUCGUUAGUUUGGUCGGUGACGAAGUUGUGGAUCCAAAAUCUAUUGCGAACCGAGCAAGGCUUGUUAAACUUAACAGAAUCAGGUCCAGAAAGAUCACAACAUUCUUAGAAACCAUCGCUAAUGAUGAUCAUGUACAUAAGCUGAAUGCUAUGCAAAAAGCAAAUUAUUUAAGGAGUGUGCAGGCAUCUAGUAAGGCUGGAAGGGGAUUGGCUAAGAGAGCAGCUAAGAAGAAGAAUAAAAUUCGAGCAAAAGUGCUCAGUUUUGAUGAGAUUGUUCAUCAAGAGGUCAAAGCAAUCAAAGCCAACUUCCACGAGAUCAAAGACAUCGAUCACAAGAAGCAUUCAGUCUCGUUUUAUUCACAAGCCACAACUCUCGAAGGAAUCAAAUCACUCAUCGAAUUCACAGACGACGUAACCUUUCCAAACUUCACAGCUGAAGAGAUUCUUCAAGUUCUUAACCUCGUUGGUGUCGCUUGCAAUUGUCCAGUCGGUGAUUUCCCAGAUGCAUCAACAUGGAGAGUCAAUGAGAUCUAUUAUGGAUGUUAUGUUAGUGUUGCUGACAUCAUCACAUCGAUCCAUCAAUCCAAAGACACUGAGUUUGUCCUUAAGGCUCCUGGAAUCGACAAAGAGAUCAUGAAUGUGAUUCCAGUGUUUGAUGAUCCAAGGAUUGGUGUCUUUUUAAAGAAAUACGCUCCAUCGAUCUUGGAAUUUACAUCUUCAAUAGGAAUGAGAAGGGUGAUUGCUGACGUCCCAAUGACUUUUGGAUACAACAUCAUCGCUGGCAUAAGAAGAAUGAUAUAUGACUUAAACAAGAACAAAUCAACUCUGCAUUUAGAGACAUUCAAGCAAUUAAUCAGCACUGCUGCAUCAUUUGUUGGGAAGUACCACGACCAUAUUGAGGAACUCCUCAAAGAUAAAGAACAUGGAAUGAAUGGAUAUUACCUCGGCAACAACGGAAUUGCCAGCCUUCUAGUCCCUCUAAUAAGAAUCUACAGCAAGAAGAACCACGAAGCAGUCAAGAGAAUACCAGACAUCCUCAGAUCCAUCUACAGCUAUGAAAUUUGGAAAGGAAUCAGCAAAGAAUACAAAGGAAAGCAGAAUUUCGACCAAAUUGUUAAAGACAUGCUGCUUAAGCUCUUAGGCAUUGAUCUAGAAACCCAAAAGAUUAAAAUAACUCCUAAAUUUGAAUCAGAGCCAAAACGUGAAGACAUCCAGUUCCCAGAUGAGUUUAAAAUUGACCAAGACUACCUUGACAAGCUCACCCAACCUUUGUACUAUCACAAUUACAUGACCCUCCUGCCUCAACUCCUCACAGCAGCUACACAUGGACAGCUCGAAGACAUCAAAUCAAUUCCAGAGAUGACAAAAGCAACAGCACUAGAAGCAUUUGGAAUCGACUAUAGCCAUAAAGAAUUUGUGUUCCUUAAUGUUUUCCAAUCACUUAGAUAUCCUCGAACAGUUGUCCGUGCUGACACAAAAGCUCAAACUAUGAAGAUUCUUGAUGUCAAGUAUCAUCAAACAGCAAUGGAGGAUGUCAAGAAGUACGUACGUGAGCAGUUUGAGGCACAGUAUGAAUUUGAUGUUAAGAUGAAGCGACGACAAGAGGAACUGGAAAUGGCACAGACAAUUGUUGACAGCCUGAUUAAUGAAGCAAACUAUCGAGCUAUGGCCAACCUAUGGAAGAAUGGAAUAACAAAGAACAACAUAACCUAUAAAAUUGCAAAUUCAUGCAGCAAUGGAUUUAAGCUGCUUUGUAGGAAAUUGGUUGACUUGAAGGUUGAGAUUCCAUUAAGGUCUAAGAUUAUCGAGAUACUGUUGCUUGGUGUUGAUGCUGAUGGUCAAGUUGUCUAUAACAACGGUGAAGUCUGUGACAUCAAAAACAUCAAAAAGUAUAAAAGAAGGUUUUUGCUCACUGGAACUAUUGAAGAAUGGAAUGAAGUUGAGCAGAAGUACAACAGCCGUAACAUCCACGCGUAUCGUGAAAAAGAGAACCGACGAGGUCAUGGAAACUCAAAACCAUCAUAUUGGGCAAUUGGCUUUAAUCAUCUCAUUGAUCUCCUGAGACCAUUGACUGAUGAGGAACGUGAUGAUUAUGUCAGCAACCACGAAAGAUGCUGUGACGCUAACAAUGUCCGAUGGGCACUGUGGAAUGAGAGAUGGGAAAAUGAGAGAAAAGAAAGAGAACUUUUGAUUGGAAAUCAGAGUCCGGAAAGUAACGUGAGUGAUGAAGGAACUGACGAUGACGAUGAGGAACAAGAAAAUGAGAAAGAGGUGAUGACUGAGGUUGAGAAGAAGAUUGAGCAAAAGGAUGAGAAAAUUGAGGUUUAAGAUUAAGGAGAUGAAUUAAUAGCUGGCAUUUGGACCUUUGGUUAGCCUUGUCGAAUACCAAAAUCGAAGCAUAGAGUUUUGAAUGUCUUGAUAAAAGUAAAAUUUAUUUAC